AAAACAUAAUGCGGUACAUUACAGAACCUCUUCAGCUGAGAAAUGGUAGGAAGGCUGCAGUAAGACGGCGUGGCAUGAGCUACCUAGCUUCCACUGCAAGGUAGCUAAGGCAGCUUCCGGCCAGCUAUUUUCUCCCAAAAACGUCUUCAAUUUAAGACCGUACUAAAAAGAACUAGGUAGUCGGGCCAGAAGUCUUCCUGUCGAACAGCUAGGCCGUUAUCACAGGAUUAGCACUGUCAGGAGGGGUACCAUGGCCCGCAAAGCCUUCCGAGCUUCAAGUUAAUGGCCCUUGAAUGUUUUGUCUUGAUAGGACGUGCUGACGUGCGCUCAGCAACAGGGACCAAAGCGUGUCCUUGAGUUGGGACCACGGAUCCUUCUCCACUAGCGGUUUGAGCUACCUUAUUCUGACGAGAUUCUCAUAUCUUGCACUAGAGGAUCAACUUCUUGCAAGGGGUACGAUUAUCUGGUCCAUUAGUGUCGUGACCCCAGUGUUCAAAGCGCGCAUGCAGAGAAUCUCCUGCCAACACCCUAAUUGGCAGCACCUCGGCCACUUCGGACGCUCUUAACCGCGCAAGGACCAUUGCACUCCCCUUUCAGGGCUUUCCGGCUGUUCCUUCUGCCGCCAUUCAGCCAGCAACCUGUUGACGCGCACGUGAACUGAUCAGUUAGCGUAGACCUGCAUCGCCUGAUGCUGAAGCUGGCCAAAAUGUACCGGCGCUUUGGGACCAGGCUGUUUGGAUCUCCGGGGGACAAGAAGCUGGUCUUCACCUUCUGCGCAUUCUUCUUCCUUAAUGCGGUUCUGCAAGGCUUCCUUGCCGGGUUCCUGGGCGCUGUUAUCAGCGCGCCUCCCUCAUCAAAUUGCCUCCAUUUGGCGCAGCUCGAGUCAGUUUCCCGAGGGACGGUUUUGAGAGGCGGGGAAUCAAAGGCUCUGCGUAUCGCUGUUGUUAGCUCAUACCCGCCGCAGGCUUGUGGAAUUGCAGAGUUCACAAGGGAUUUGCUUGUGAAAGGGUUUCAGAAGACUGCUCUAGCGGAGUCCAAAGUGGAGGUCAGCAUUGUUGUGAUUGAUGAGGAGAACACGGAGCGGGCAUAUGGGCCGGAAGUGGCGGCUGUUUUUAGGAAACACGUGGCUUCAGAUUACGUUUUAGCCGCAGAUCUUCUCAAUUCUGAUUUUGAUGUCGUGAGCCUGCAACACGAAUAUGGCAUCUUUGGCGGGGAGUGGGGCGAGCUGAUCCUCCUCCUGCUUCAACGGCUCUCAAUACCAGUGGUCACAAACUUCCAUACCGUCCUUCCAGAUCCCACAGUCCAGUCCCGCAAGGUCCUCAUUGAGAUCGCCCAUCUGUCCAACAUGGUCACCGUCAUGCUCCCAUCGCUCUGCGAGCACUUGAAUCUGCACUACACUGAGAAUAUCACGUGUCUUUUCAUGCCUCAUGGAGCGCCGUUGGAGGAGCAAGGGCAUCCCCCAGAUCUCGAGGCGCUUCGUAUAUCCAGUGACAGGAGUAUCAUCCUGUCGCCUGGACUUCUGUCUCCCAACAAGGGCAUUGAGUCUAUGAUAUCUGCAAUGAGCACUUUGCAGAAGAAACUUCCCAAAGCACUGUACGUGAUCGUUGGGAGGCAGCACCCUGGGUUGAGGGGAAGAGACUAUCUGGGAGAACUGCGCCAGUUGGUGCAAGAAAUGGAUUUGGAGACCUCGGUACUCUUUGUGCCUCUGUACCAGACGAAGGAACAGCUGAUUGGCUGGAUCUCCCAAUCUCAUAUUGUAGUGACCCCCUACGAAGAUCGGACUCAGGUUAGUUCUGGCACCCUUUCGAUGACUGUCGGUCUCGGGCGGGUCGCCGUCACCACCGCCUUCCCGUACGCCCAGUGGCUCUGCCGCGCCGUUAACGAGAUGGCCGCCACAGCCGUGCAGCCGUGCAUGACCGUCCCCUUCGCGGAGGACCUCGGCCCGGAGCUCGCAUCAGCGUUGCUUGCUAUCCUGGGUAACGACACGCUCCAGCAGGCGAUGCGGGGCGCAGCCUUUGAGCACGGGCGGCGGGCGCAGUGGACCAGCGUUUCGAAGGAGUGGGUCGACUUACUACGGCAGGCGGCAGUUCGAAACCGGGCGUCUUUGCUGGCACGAAGGGGAGAGUGGGCCGCGCUAGCAGCGUCCGCGUAUGAGGCAGGCGCCGUGAGCGAUCGGCGUUUGCACAAAGUUCCGGUGUCCCCAACCGACGGGAGGGUGAUGAAGGUCUGGGCGAGCGACCUCGCUCGAGAUGUUAUAAUGGGCAAUCGGAAGGCGGAGGAGUCGGCCAAAGUCCUCUCGGACCUGACAUUGGGCCCCUUACGAUUUGCGGCGCGCGUUGAUUCUGACGAGACGGAGUGCAUGGCUGAGACUGGCGGCCUUGGGUCCUUCUUCACAAGCAACGGGAUAGCGGCUUUUCAUGGUCAGGUCCGAAAGGACGACUACGUCUUUCUCCACACCCUGCCCGACAAAGGUCUGCUGUUAGGAAGCGGGUUGCGUUAUGGCGGUAUGUUCGUCAACUAUGUGAUCGACGGGGAUAUGACGGGGGAGCGCGCUUAUCCUGCGGAGUGGUCCUUCUCGUGCCAGGGCUCCAAUAGCGUAUUGAGGAUGAAGAGCGUUCUGAAGCACCCUGUGAAGAGCAGCGUAAUUGUCGGGGAGGUGGAUAUGAGCUUCAACCUGGACGGUAGCACGUCGCUCCUGACGUGGACCGCUCGCGUGAGGAGUUUCGAAGAUUGCCUCGACAACGUCGAGGUGCAGUCCGCAAUGGACGGGAUGUCGACUCUGUUCGAGAACCUGCACUUCAACCAGUUCUAUGCAGUGUCCCCAACGGACGGCAUCGUGGGCGUCAAGAGUGCGGUCGAGGAUAUUGAGCUGUACAACCAGGAACUGGACGGGCCGCUUGCCUGGGACGUUUUCACCAACAAAGAAGGGGAGUUCGCGCUUAUUACUGUGAUCAGGAACCAGACGACUCUGCGAUAUAUUACUGGCCACGACCCGACUAAUGAGAACUUCCAUUAUACGGUCCACAGGUACCAUGUCGGGAGCAUCUGCCCUUGGGACCCGCCGCUUAUAAUCGUCGAGGACAGGAUCAUACUGCAUAAUAUGGAUCUGGAUAAUGUAGAGAGCUAUGCUCAAGUUAUUGACAGAAUCUCGGAGCUGACUGGAGUAGACGUGUCUGGUCCCGAGAAUAAGGCGCUUGUGGAAGAAGCGUUCCAAGUGCUAGCCUACCAUACCAGUACAGCUUCUAUCUAG